CUAAUAUUCUAAUCUACAUUUUUCUCCUCUUGAUAAUUACAUUCUAGUCAUAUCAUUAGUGCUCAUACUCAUUAAUAGUUGCUAAAGAAAAGAAGAGAGAAGAAAUUGCUCUUUGCUUACAACUUCUCUUCUAAUUCUUGAUCAACUUUGCUUAGUGCUGGUGAGAAAUUAUAAGGCUAUUAUACUUUUGAUGCUGUCCAUAUGUAUAGAUUUUUUUUUUUUUUCCACAAGUUUUUGUUAUUUUGUUAUCCCAUCUUAUACGCUUGUAGCGUUAGGUUCAAGUAGGCAGUCGCAUAUUUAUUGUAAAUUUAUUUUUCUUAGGUUCUAAAUUUUUCAUUGCUAAGUUUAUCACCCUUUGUUUGCUUUUCAUUUCCUUUGUUUUGCUUUUUCAAAUAGAACAAAAAGGAAAAGGAAAAUGGGUACUGAACUGGGCACUGCUGUGGUUUCUGGAGUUGCAUCAAAAGUUGCAGAGUCGAUGUUUGGUCAAAUUCGACAGGAGAUAUCUUAUGUGUUCAAACACAAGAGCUACAUUGAGGACCUGAAGAAACAAGUUGAGAAUUUGGCGUGUGCAAGAGAGAGGGUGGAACAUUCUAUUGAUUAUGCUAAAAAACAAGGGGAAGAGACUGAGAAAGAUGUGGAGCAGUGGUUGAUUAAAGUGAAUGAGUUCAGUGAAAGAAUAGAAAAAUCCAUCAUUGAGAAUGAAGAGAAAGAAAAGAAAAGGUGUUUCAAAGGGUUGUUUCCUAAUUUGAUGGCAUGUUACCUAUUCAAUAAGAAAGCCGUGAAAGCAACAAAGGAUGUUGUUGAUCUCAUAGCAAAAGGUAACUUUAGUAGGGUUUCAUAUCGACUACAAGGGAUGAAUUCUGUAUAUGUUAGAGGCUAUGAGGCAUUUGAUUCCAGAAUGCCAAUUAUGGAGGAAAUUUUGGAGGCAUUGAAGGAUGCUGACGUUAACAUGAUUGGGGUGUAUGGGAUGGCUGGUGUGGGCAAAACGACUUUGGUUAAAAAGGUAGCUUUGCAAGCCAAGGAACAUAAGUUAUUUGAUGUGGUUAUUAUGGUUGAGGUAACAGAAUCUCCAGACCCUAAAAAGAUUCAAGGAGAAAUUGCUGAUCAAUUGGGCCUUGUAUUUCAAGAGGAGAGUGAGUCUGGAAGAGCGGGUCGAUUACAUAGUAGGUUGAAGAAAGAGAAGGGACGAGUCCUUGUAAUAUUGGAUAAUGUUUGGGCAAAACUUGACUUAGAUGCCAUUGGAAUCCCUUUCGGUUAUGAUGAGAGAGGAGGCGCCUACCAAAAAGAACAGUGGAAAGGAGUAAAUGAAGAUUUGGAAAGUUCCCACAAAAAUGAAGAGUGGAAAGGUGUAAAUGGGGAUCAGAGGCGAUGCAAAAUAUUGCUAACAUCUAGAAGUUGCGAUGUUUUAUGCAAUGAGAUGGAUACUCAGAGAAAGAUUUUAGUUGAAACUUUGACUAAUAAAGAAGCAAUGAAUCUAUUUGAGAGGAUAGUGGGCUUAUCAACAGAAAUAUCAGAUUUCCAUUCUAUUUCAGUUGAGAUAAUUAAAAAAUGUGCCGGUCUACCUCUUGCAAUUAUAACAAUUGCAAAUGCAUUGAAGAAUAAGAGUCUUUUUGUUUGGAAAGAUGCCUUGGACCAGUUAAGAAGAUCUAAUCCAAGAUGUGUUCCAAAUAUGGAUGAAACUUUGUACUCUACUAUAGAGUUAAGUUACAAAUUAUUGAGAAGUGAUGCAGCAAAAUCAUUAUUUCUUCUUUGUGGUCUGUGUAUGGUAGGUAAUCGUGUACAUGUUCAUGAUUUGUUGGGAUACAGUAUCGGUUCUGGUUUGUUUGGAGAUUUUGAUACAUUGGAAAAAGCAAGGAAUAGGUUCCAUACAUUGAUCGAUUAUCUCAAAACUUCAUGUUUGUUGGACAGUGACUCUACAGAUUGGAUUAAGAUGCAUGACAUUACUUUUGCUGUAGCUGUGUCAAUUGCAUCCUCACAAAAACUUAUGUUUAAUAUUCCAAAUGUCACUGGAUUGAAAGAGCUGCUGGAAGAGAAUAUCCCCAGAGAUUCAAUUGCUAUAUCUCUACUUUAUAGAGAUAUUUAUGAGCUUCCUGAAAGGUUAGAAUGCCCGAAACUUGAGUUAUUUUUGUUGUUUAUGAAAGAUCACUCUCUACAAAUUCCAGAACUCUUUUUUGAAGGGAUGAAAAAACUUAAAGUUCUUGACUUGACUGGAGUUUGUCUUCUGUCACUGCCCUCCUCACUCAGUUGCCUAACGAACCUGCGAACAUUGUUUCUGGACAAUUGCCUGUUGAUAGAUGUAAGCAUAAUUGCAGAGUUGAAGAAACUAGAGAUUCUUAGCUUUUUGAAUUCUAGUUUGGAAAAGCUGCCUGCCGAAAUUGGACAGUUGACUCGGCUAAGGGUGUUAGAUUUGAGCAAUUGUUCGAAGCUUAAAGUCAUCACACCAAAUGUUAUAGCAAGCUUGUCCCGAUUAGAAGAACUAUAUAUGGGAAAUAGCUUUGUCCAAUGGGAGGUCAAAGGACUCAAUAAUCCAGGACGAAGCAAUGCUAGUCUUGAUGAGUUGAAGCAUUUAUCUCAUCUAACCAAUUUAUAUAUUCAUAUUCUGGAUGCUCAGACUGUGCCAUGGGACAUAUUCUCCGAGAAGUUGAAAUGUUACAAAAUAUUCAUGGGAGAGAAGUGGAGUUGGCCUGGUAAAUACGAAACUUCAAGAACAUUCAAACUCAAGCUCAACAAUUGUAAUUAUUUGGGGCCUGGGUUUAGGACUUUGUUGAAGACAACUGAAGACCUCUAUCUUGAUGAAAUGAGUGGUGUUAGGAAUGUUCUUUAUGAACUGGAUAGAGAUGGUUUUCCACAAUUAAAGCAUCUCCAUGUGCAAAACUGUCCAAAGAUUCUUCAUAUUAUUCAUCCAAUAGAAUGGAAUUCUGCAUGUAUAAAUGCAUUUCCCAUACUGGAAACAUUGUUUCUUCAUAAUUUAAUCAGCUUGGAGAGAAUAUGUCAUGGCCAGCUUAUGGUGGAAUCUUUUAGCAGAUUAAAAACAAUCAAAGUACGAGAAUGUAAUAGACUGAAGCAUAUCUUUUCAUUCUCUAUGGUGAAAAACCUUCAGCAGCUUCAAGAAAUCGAAGUGAUUGAUUGCAAGAAUCUGAAGGAGAUUUUGUCUGAAGAAAGUGAAGACCAUGUUGAACAAAAUCAAAGGAAUAGUAAGAUUGAGUUCACUCAAUUGCAGUCACUAAAACUACAACUCCUACCACAACUCAGAAGUUUUGGCUUCAACUUGAAGACAUCUUUGAUAUCUCAGACAUCAUUUGCUUCGUGUAAGGGAUCUGAAGAAAUCAUUCCAGAGGAUUUUAUGGCACUUUUCAGUGAAAAGGUGAUGCUUCCAAGCUUGGAGAACUUGACAUUAUCCACAGUUAACAUUAAAAACAUAUGGCUCAAUCAACUUCUAUUAUUCUCUUCUUGCGUCCAGACUUUAAAAAGCUUGAUUGUGGAGGGAUGUAAUAGUCUCAAAUUUCUGUUUUCAACUUCUAUGGCUAAAUAUCUUAUGCAACUUCACAACCUUGAGAUUCGCAACUGUAUGUCAAUGGAAGCAGUAAUCAAAACUGAAGGAUUAGGAAGAGAAGAAGAUAUAACUAAGAUAACUUUUCCUAAACUAUUCUACUUGGAGCUCAAGGAUCUGCCAAAAUGCAUGAGAUUUGGGGCUGGAGAAUUUCUUGAAUUCCCUUCCUUGGAAGCACUUCACAUUCAGAGUUGUCCCAAUUUGAAGACAUUCUUCUCCAGUUCCCCAUUUGUAGACUUAUCGGAGAACCGUCCUACUGAUAUGCAUCCCCUCUUUGAUGAAAAGGUUGCAUUUCCUAACUUGGAGACAAUGAUACUUUCUCACUUGGAUAACUUGCAAAUGAUAUGGUACAAACAACUCCAUGGAGAUUCCUUUUGCAAACUGAAAGUAGUGAGAGUUGAAUUCUGUGAAACGUUAACGACCCUUGUUCCAUCUUAUACUCUCAGCAGACUAUCAAGUGUUGAGUAUUUGAAAAUCACUAAUUGUGCUUCAGUAGAACAGGUCUUUGAAGUUCAAGGAUUCAACAUUGUAUCACCUUUGCAGUUGAAACAAUUGCUAAUACAUCAACUACCAAAAUUAAGGCUCAUAUGGCAUAAGAAUCCGCAACAACUUCUUUCCUUUCAAAAUCUAGAAACAUUAAGUGUUGUUGAAUGUUGGAGUCUGAAAAGUCUCUUUCCAGUUUCUGUAGCUUCCACUCUUAUGCAACUUAAACACCUGGAGAUAACCUCUUGUGGGUUGGAGGAAAUCGUUGUUGAGGAGAAAGUAGCAAGUGUACCUAGAUUUGUGUUUCCUCAACUUACCUUCCUGCUACUUGAAAACUUACCAAAACUUAAAAGCUUCUUUCCAGGGCUGCAUACUGUAGAUUGGCCAAUGCUGAAAAGUUUGUUGGUCUUUCAUUGUCAUAAGAUGCAGAUAUUUGCUUCAAAUGGAAAGAGCCAACCUCAAAUCCCAAUUCAUCAACCCUUGUUUUUGCCUGAAAAGAUCAUUCCCAAUUUGGAGAGAAUGUCUUUAAGCAGCUGUGACAUUAAAUUGAUGAGUCUUGGCCAUUUCCCAGUAAAGAUGUUCCCGAAAGUUAAAGUUCUUGAUGUGGUUUGCUUUCAUGAGGAAUCAGCUGAAUUUCCGUUUGAUUUCCUUCAAAAGUUCUACAGUCUGGAGAAACUGAUUUUGUACAAUAGUAAUUUUGAAGAGUUACUCCCAUAUGAAGGAGUUAAUAAGGAGAAACAUGAUAUGGAAUUCAUGCCAGUAAGAAGCUUAAGGCUGGAUCUUCUUCCCCACUUAAGGCAAAUAUGGAAACUAAAUUCUGCAGUGGUUACAUUUGUUGAUCAUAAUCUUCAGUCUCUGGAAGUUUGGAGGUGUCAUCAUUUGACAUGCUUAUUGCCAUGCUCAGGAUCUCUGAAAAAUCUUACCACUCUGGAUGUAUGGUGUUGCAAUGGAUUAGCAAACAUAUUAGCAUGUUCUGCAGCCAAAACUCUAGUUCAACUCACAACGUUGAGGAUACGUGAAUGCAAUUUAGUGACAGAGAUAAUAGCUAAUGAGGUAGGCAACACAGAGGACGAGAUUGUUUUCUGUCAGUUGAAAAUUUUGGAGCUUUCUUGUCUACCACGCCUCUCUUGCUUUUGCUCUGCGGAUUAUGCCUUCCAGUUCCCGUGUUUGGAAGAAGUAAUUAUGAAACAAUGCCCAGAAUUGAAGACAUUUUCCGAAAGAGUUGUGAGCACGCCGAGGCUGAAGAGAGUUCAGCUAAUUAAACAAACGGAUCAAGGAUAUUUUUGGAAGGAUGACCUCAAUUCUACCAUCCAACAUUUAUUUACAGAUAUGCAGGUUCAAAUCCGUAACUUAGAAUAUUUGGAAUUGUCUGAAUUUCCACUCGAAAGAAAAAUGGAAUGGCCAACUUCCAGUUGAACAUCUUCUGCAAUUUUAGUCACUGGUGGUGGACUGAGGGCUAUGAUCUCAGGUGCUGCUCUUGGCAAUCUGCAGUGGUUCUAAAUGAUGCAUUGUAAUGUAUAAUGGCAGAGUGAUUUUUUUGGCUAUUUCAUAAAAGAGUUGAGAAAUUAAGGCAAGGCAUUUGAUUUUAUGUUGAUUUUGCUUUCAAUUUUAUAUGUUAAUUCUGUGUUGUGAUAUUAGCUGUAUGUUCAUUGAGAUUGUGAAUCUGGUAGCUUAGGGCUUGUAACAAUUCUAGUAAAUCCCAACAAAGCAUAAAAGAGAUAUUGUAUAUGUAUGGUCAUCUCAGAUGGUUUGGGGAUAUUGUCUAAA